AUGCGAGACUGGCAUGGCCUCGGUGCUUCGCCGCCUACGCCAGAGAGGACGCCUUCGCCCGGCUUGAACGAUACGAGCAGUAGCGAGGAAGAGACCAUGAUCCUCAACCAUGGUCUGCCCUCUGGACUUCUCGCUCGACGCCUACCCGCUCGCACAGCUUCUGCACCUCUCCUCUCAUCGUCUUGGCUGCCAGAGCUCAGUUCACCGCCCCAUGAUCACGCAGAUUCGUUGCUCGCAAGGUCACCCAGUCCUGGAGCAACCAGCUCCUCGAGAGGAACGAGCAGACCCAACACGCCCCUUUCAGGCUCCAUGACACCGCUCAUGUCCCAAUCUCAGGAACUUGCUUCGCCUGUACUGAAUGGCAACGGCGUGCAAAAGGCCAAUGGAUUCAGGAUUGCCUCGGGCAGGCUACAACAGUUGCCCUACUCUCUGUGGGACUAUUUGCGAGAGGAAAUGUCAGCUACAGAGCUGGAUGGUACACAAGAGGUCAAGUCGGAGCGUGUUAGCAAUUUCCUCAGCGUCCCGAUGGAAGUCGAAAAGAUCAUUCUGUUCGGCAUCGUCAUCUGCUUGGAUUCGUUCCUGUACACAUUCACGAUCCUGCCGCUCCGGUUUGGCGUAGCACUGGCACAUCUCCUUCGAGAGCCAAGCAACCUGUUCAGCACCAAACGCAAGAAGCUAUCAGUCUCGCACAAAUGCGAUCUAGUCAAAGGCAUCCUCGUGCUAGUCACUUGUAUCUUCCUCAAUCGCUUCACGGAUGCCAGUCAGAUGUAUCACAGCGUACGCGGCCAAGAGACGAUCAAAUUGUAUGUCAUCUUCAACGUUUUGGAGAUUGCGGAUCGAUUGUGUUGCUCCUUUGGUCAAGACCUGCUCGACUCACUCUUGUCGCGAUCGACCUUGGGGCGACGGCAAGACGGAAGUCAACCUCACGUCCGCCCUGCAUUCCUCUUUGGUCUGAGCAUCAUCUACAACCUGGCACAUACCCUUGUUCUGUUCUAUCAGCUUGUGACGCUCAAUGUCGCCAUCAAUUCAUACUCAAACGCUUUGCUUACGCUGCUGCUCUCCAAUCAGUUCGUCGAAAUUAAGGGUGCCGUCUUCAAGAAGUUCGAAAAGGAGAAUCUCUUCCAGAUGACCUGUGCAGACAUUGUCGAGCGAUUCCAGCUCGCUCUCUUGCUGUUCAUUAUUGCGCUCCGAAACCUCAUAGAGAUAUCAGGGUCGACCUUCUCCAUGCUGCCGACGUCUUACAUACCCAUCUCGAUCAUUCCGUCCAUGUCGGUCUUGCAGACUAUCUUCUCGCCCGCCGUCAUCGUCUUGAUGUCCGAGAUGAUCGUCGACUGGCUCAAGCAUGCUUUCAUCACCAAAUUCAAUCACAUCAGACCUGCAGUGUACGGUCGCUUCAUCGACAUCUUUUGCAAAGAUCUCAUCUCGGGCGGAUCGUCAUCCAAACCCUUUGUCGAUCAAUCGCCUGCUGUAGCAAGACGGUUGGGAUUUGCUUCGAUACCACUUGGAUGUCUGGUCAUUCGAGUGCUCUUCCAAGUCUUCGACAUGCUGUCAGAUAGCUCUCAUAUCGACGAAUGCUCGCCUCGCGUAUCGAAAGUCGCCAAGGGACGACUAUCCUCACUCGCGCUGAAUUGGCAGGCAACGAUCGUCACAUGGGCAGCACAAAUCGCGGUCGCGGUCAUCGUAUGGGCAGCCCUUGUGUCCCUGAAGCUCCUGAUAGGCAUCAACCUCCGCGCUUAUGCUGCAUCGCGCUAUGCGACGAUGAAUGAGCGGCAACAAGAAGAUCAACUGAAUGACCGCAACCGACCCGCGAUCGGCGUCAACGAGACAGAACGUGCCAAGGAAGCAGAGGUGAAUGCACUCAUUCGGAACGGGGACUAUGAUGCCCCUGGCAAACCUCAAGCAUUGCGGUCAGCAGUCCAAGCAACGCCUAUGGACAAUGUCGAUAGGUGGACCAUGCUGCGAUCUCGACUGUAUUGA